AUGUGGGACCCUCAUGUAGGCUCUGACCUGGACCUCACACUGGGACCUCAUGUAGGCUCUGACCUCACACUGGGACCUCAUGCUCUGGACCUCACACUGGGACCUCAUGUAGGCUCUGACCUCACACUGGGACCUCAUGUAGGCUCUGACCUCACACUGGGACCUCAUGUAGGCUCUGACCUCACACUGGGACCUCAUGCUCUGACCUCUGACCCCCUGACCUCUGCAGGAGAGGCAGCAGGAGAGUCAGGGAGCUGUGGUGGCAGGGCCUCCCCCGAGUGUGAGAGGCCGAGUGUGGAGCUGACCUCACACGGCACGAGCUCAAAACCAGGUACACGCUCUACAGCACAGGUACACGCCCUACAGCACAGGUACACGCCCUACAUCACAGGUACACGCCCUACAUCACAGGUACACGCCCUACAUCACAGGUACACGCCCUACAUCACAGGUACACGCCCUACAUCACAGGUACACGCCCUACAGCACAGGUACACGCCCUACAGCACAGGUACACGCCCUACAUCACAGGUACACGCCCUACAUCACAGGUACACGCCCUACAGCACAGGUACACGCCCUACAUCCCAGGUACACGCCCUACAUCACAGGUACACGCCCUACAUCACAGGUACACGCCCUACAUCACAGGUACACGCCCUACAGCACAGGUACACGCCCUACAGCACAGGUACAUGCCCUACAGCACAGGUACACGCCCUACAUCACAGGUACACGCCCUACAGCACAGGUACACGCCCUACAUCACAGGUACACGCCCUACAUCACAGGUACACGCCCUACAUCACAGGUACACGCCCUACAUCCCAGGUACACGCCCUACAUCACAGGUACACGCCCUACAUCACAGGUACACGCCCUACAUCACAGGUACACGCCCUACAGCACAGGUACACGCCCUACAUCACAGGUACACGCCCUACAGCACAGGUACACGCCCUACAGCACAGGUACACGCCUACAUCACAGGUACACGCCCUACAUCACAGGUACACGCCCUACAUCACAGGUACACGCCCUACAUCACAGGUACACGCCCUACAUCCCAGGUACACGCCCUACAUCCCAGGUACACGCCCUACAUCACAGGUACACGCCCUACAGCACAGGUACACGCCCUACAUCACAGGUACACGCCCUACAUCCCAGGUACACGCCCUACAGCACAGGUACACGCCCUACAUCACAGGUACACGCCCUACAUCACAGGUACACGCCCUACAUCACAGGUACACGCCCUACAUCCCAGGUACACGCCCUACAUCACAGGUACACGCCCUACAUCACAGGUACACGCCCUACAUCCCAGGUACACGCCCUACAUCCCAGGUACACGCCCUACAGCACAGGUACACGCCCUACAUCCCAGGUACACGCCCUACAGCACAGGUACACGCCCUACAUCCCAGGUACACGCCCUACAUCACAGGUACACGCCCUACAUCACAGGUACACGCCCUACAUCCCAGGUACACGCCCUACAUCACAGGUACACGUACACGCCCUACAUCACAGGUACACGCCCUACAUCCCAGGUACACGCCCUACAUCCCAGGUACACGCCCUACAUCACAGGUACACGCCCUACAUCACAGGUACACGCCCUACAUCCCAGGUACACGCCCUACAUCCCAGGUACACGCCCUACAGCACAGGUACACGCCCUACAGCACAGGUACACGCCCUACAUCACAGGUACACGCCCUACAUCCCAGGUACACGCCCUACAUCACAGGUACACGCCUACAUCACAGGUACACGCCCUACAGCACAGGUACACGCCCUACAGCACAGGUACACGCCCUACAGCACAGGUACACGCCCUACAGCACAGGUACACGCCCUACAUCACAGGUACACGCCCUACAUCACAGGUACACGCCCUACAUCACAGGUACACGCCCUACAUCACAGGUACACGCCCUACAGCACAGGUACACGCCCUACAGCACAGGUACACGCCCUACAGCACAGGUACACGCCCUACAGCACAGGUACACGCCCUACAGCACAGGUACACGCCUACACCAGGUACACCCUACAUCACAGGUACACGCCUACAUCACAGGUACACGCCCUACAGCACAGGUACACGCCCUACAUCACAGGUACACGCCCUACAGCACAGGUACACGCCCUACACACAGGUACACGCCCUACAUCACAGGUACACGCCCUACAUCACAGGUACACGCCCUACAUCACAGGUACACGCCUACACCAGGUACACGCCUACAUCACAGGUACACGCCUACAGCCAGGUACACGCCUACAUCCAGGUACACGCCCUACAGCACAGGUACACGCCCUACAUCACAGGUACACGCCCUACAUCACAGGUACACGCCCUACAUCACAGGUACACGCCCUACAUCCAGGUACACGCCCUACACACAGGUACACGCCCUACAGCACAGGUACACGCCCUACAGCACAGGUACACGCCCUACAGCACAGGUACACGCCCUACAGCACAGGUACACGCCCUACAUCACAGGUACACGCCCUACAUCACAGGUACACGCCCUACAUCACAGGUACACGCCCUACAUCACAGGUACACGCCUACACACAGGUACACGCCCUACAUCACAGGUACACGCCCUACAGCACAGGUACACGCCCUACAUCACAGGUACACGCCCUACAUCACAGGUACACGUCCUACAGCACAGGUACACGCCCUACAUCCAGGUACACGCCCUACAUCACAGGUACACGCCCUACAUCACAGGUACACGCCCUACAUCCAGGUACACGCCCUACAUCACAGGUACACGUCCUACAGCACAGGUACACGCCCUACAUCACAGGUACACGCCCUACAUCACAGGUACACGUCCUACACACAGGUACGCCCUACAUCACAGGUACACGCCCUACAUCACAGGUACACGCCCUACAUCACAGGUACACGCCCUACAGCACAGGUACACGCCCUACAUCCCAGGUACACGCCCUACAUCACAGGUACACGCCCUACAUCCAGGUACACGCCCUACACGCCCUACACCAGGUACACGCCCUACAGCACAGGUACACGCCCUACAUCCCAGGUACACGCCCUACAUCCAGGUACACGCCCUACCCAGGUACACGCCCUACAGUCACCAGGUACACGCCCUACAUCCCAGGUACACGCCCUACAUCCCAGGUACACGCCCUACAUCACAGGUACACGCCCUACAUCACAGGUACACGCCCUACAUCCAGGUACACGCCCUACAUCCCAGGUACACGCCCUACAGCACAGGUACACGCCCUACAUCCCAGGUACACGCCCUACAUCCCAGGUACACGCCCUACAUCACAGGUACACGCCCUACAGCACAGGUACACGCCCUACAUCACAGGUACACGCCCUACAUCACAGGUACACGCCCUACAUCCCAGGUACACGCCCUACAGCACAGGUACACGCCCUACAUCCCAGGUACACGCCCAAUAUCACAGGUACACGUCCUACAGCACAGGUACACGCCCUACAUCACAGGUACACGCCCUACAUCACAGGUAAACGUCCUUCAGCACAGGUACACGCCCUACAUCACAGGUACACGCCCUACAUCACAGGUACACGUCCUACAUCACAGGUACACGCCCUACAUCACAGGUACACGCCCUACAUCACAGGUACACGUCCUACAGCACAGGUACACGCCCUACAGCACAGGUACACGCCCUACAUCACAGGUACACGCCCUACAGCACAGGUACACGCCCUACAUCACAGGUACACGCCCUACAGCACAGGUACACGUCCUACAGCACAGGUACACGCCCUACAUCACAGGUACACGCCCUACAUCACAGGUACACGCCCUACAGCACAGGUACACGUCCUACAUCACAGGUACAAGCCCUACAUCACAGGUACACGCCCUACAUCACAGGUACACGCCCUACAUCACAGGUACACGUCCUACAGCACAGGUACACGCCCUACAUCACAGGUACACGCCCUACAUCACAGGUACACGUCCUACAGCACAGGUACACGCCCUACAUCACAGGUACACGCCCUACAUCACAGGUACACGUCCUACAGCACAGGUACACGCCCUACAUCACAGGUACACGCCCUACAUCACAGGUACACGUCCUACAUCACAGGUACACGCCCUACAUCACAGGUACACGCCCUACAUCACAGGUACACGUCCUACAGCACAGGUACACGCCCUACAUCCCAGGUACACGCCCUACAUCACAGGUACACGUCCUACAGCACAGGUACACGCCCUACAUCACAGGUACACGCCCUACAGCACAGGUACACGUCCUACAGCACAGGUACACGCCCUACAGCACAGGUACACGCCCUACAUCACAGGUACACGUCCUACAGCACAGGUACACGCCCUACAUCACAGGUACACGCCCUACAGCACAGGUACACGUCCUACAGCACAGGUACACGUCCUACAGCACAGGUACACGCCCUACAUCACAGAGCUGUACGAGAUCUUCCUGUCCAGAGCCAAGGAGAAGUGGAGGAGCUACAGCGAGACCAGCUCGGUCACCGACAGCGAGAGCGCAGAGGGCGCCUCGCUGGCAGAUAGAGAGUCCAGCCUGGACCUCAUCAAACUGGACAUCUCCAGAACAUUUCCCUCUCUCUUCAUCUUCCAGAAGGGCGGGCCGUACCAUGACCUCCUCCACAGUGUGCUGGGGGCCUACACCUGCUACAGACCUGACAUUGGCUACGUGCAGGGCAUGUCCUUCAUCGCUGCGGUCCUGAUCCUGAACCUGGAGGAGGCCGACGCCUUCAUCACCUUCGCUAACCUCCUGAACAAACCGUGUCAGAUGGCCUUCUUCAGGGUGGACCACGAGCUGAUGCUGAAGUACUUUGCAGCCUUUGAGGUUUUCUUUGAGGAGAACCUGCCUCGGCUUUUUAACCACUUCCAGAGCAACAGCCUCACACCGGACCUGUAUCUCAUCGACUGGAUCUUCACGCUGUACAGUAAGUCUCUGCCUCUGGACGUGGCGUGCCGGGUGUGGGACGUGUUUUGCCGGGACGGGGAGGAGAGUCUGUUCCGGACCGGGCUGGGCCUGCUGCGGCUGUACCAGGACGUCCUGCUGCAGAUGGACUUCAUCCACAUGGCUCAGUUCCUCACACGUCUGCCCGAAGACCUGCCCGCCCACACGCUCUUCCACGCCAUGGCCAACACGCACAUGCUGAGCCGCAGCCGCCGCUGGGCACAGGUUUUCUCUGCACUCAUGAAAGAAGGCGGCAAAGAGGCGGACCGCAACGGCAGCCCGGCGCUGAGGAGCUAA